AUGAGUGAGAAGAUGAUUAGUGGCCCGAGAAUCAGAAUACCAAGUUGUGUGGAUGAAGACCAGGGUGUGGUGGAAGUAUAUGUGGUAGAGGGAUUUGGCCAAUCGGGCAAGAGUUGGAAAAAGUGUUUGGCCGGAAGAAGUGACUGUUGGGAGAGAGGGUUUGUAGAAGAGAGCUUGGUUAGGAUUUGGAGAGGGAGAGGUUUGAAAGGCAUGGUUGGUAGGCUCAUUGAAAAAGCGAGUGAGGAGCGAGUGAGGAAACAUAUUAUGCAGCAGGAGGAAAAGAAGGUUGAUGGAUAA